AUGUCGUGCAUCCUCCCUGUUCAGCUGGUCUCUCUUCUGCGGCGCUGCAGCAUGCUGGAGGAUUUGAGGACUGCCCGAGAGGCGAUGAACGCGCUGUUCCCGCUCUCUCCCGCCAUGUGGCAGCAGUGGGCUCACGACGAGACGCGCCUCAUUGCCUCUUCCUCUGUCUUCCCCCCCCCUCCCUCACUCAAUCACUGCCUCGAUCACUCUUCUCACCUUCCUCCCUCCAAUUCCGCGUAUCUAGCCUUCCUCACCGCCCACCACCCCGCCAUCACCACACUCACCCCUGAUGGUCUCAAGCUCUUCCGGACCACAGCUGAGCAAGCGCUCUCCCAGGUCGGGUUACACCUGGGGAAGGGCGCAUCUGUCUGGGGGACUUUCAGGGGAUUCGAGAUGGAGGUUCUGCGGAAAAUGGAGGGGGAGGUGGAAAAGACGAAGCAGGCCGCCGGGGUGCGGGCGCUUUUCCACCGCCAGCUGGCGGUGCCUCAUUUGCAGCUGCCUGCCACGCUGGCAGCGUACCUGGCCUGGGAGGAGGAGGAAGGCAGCGAGAAACUUCCUGCACCCUCCUCCAAGUCGUCUCCUGAUGUCGAGAAGCUUCCAGGAAGCGUCAAGGCGGCGUAUUUGAAAGCGGAAAAGAUGGUGGGGGAGCGGAGGGGGUUGGAGGAGAGGGUGGAGAGGCUGGAAGGGGAGAAGAGGCGAGCAGAGGAGGAGGGGGGUGCUGCUGCACCGGCAGGGGGAGGGGAGAAGGGAGGGGAAGGUGGAGCGAGUGGAGGAAGUGGUGCAGUUGCUACGUUUGAGAAGACAGAUGAGCUGAUGCAGGCAUACACGGAGUAUUUGGCGCUGGAGGCAGCCAGUGGCGACAUGCCACGUCAGCAGGCCAUGCAUGAGAGGGCGGUCACGGGUCUGCCUGUGGUGUUUGACGUGUGGCAGAAAUACAUUGACCUCGUUGACCAUAAGCUCAAGGUGCCUUCUGUAGUGCGCUCAGUUUAUUCCCGGGCAGCCCGAAACUUCCCGUGGGUGGGCUCGCUUUGGACCCGCUAUCUGCUUGCUCUCGAGCGAUUGGGAGCUGCUGAUGCUGACAUAGCAGAGGUCUUUGAGAAGGCCCUUGUCUCCGGAGUUCAGUCCGCAGACGAGUACUUUGACGUUUUCCUCACCCGCCUGGACGGCUUGAGGCGUCGCCUUAUGCCGCCUUCUGAGCCAUCCAAGGGCGCUUCUAAAGGAGCUGCUCUUAGCGAGGAUGAGAAGUCAAAGUUGGUAGCAGCCAUGCGAGCAACCUUUGAGCGAGCAGCUGAGUUCAUGGCGUCCUAUUUCCCCGACCAUCAGCAAGCCCAGCUGCACCUGGCGGGGUACCAGGCGCAUAUAGAAUGCCAGCUGGGGACAGCAAGGGAGGGGGCUCCUGGGGGAGGUGCAACUGGAGCGGCGGGAGAAGCUGCCGGAAGGGCCAUCUGGGAGCAAUUCGUGAGGAAGCACGGCUCGUCUCACCAGGCCUGGCUGGGCUUCACUCAGUUUGAGACCGAGAGGGGGUGCUACAACCAGGCACGGUCGGUCUUCCGUCGCUGCUACAGCCGGAAGUUUGAUUCGCCCUCAGGCACAGAGGAGGUGUGUUCAGCUUGGAUCCGGUUCGAGAGGGAGUGGGGAACACUUGGGGACCUCGACCUUGCAUCAGAUAAGGUUGUCCCGCGCUUGGCUGAAGUGGCAGCAUACCACACCCAGGAGGACCAAGCACAGCUGUACCAACAACACCGGCAGCAGCAGCAACAGAAGCAGCAGCAGGAGCAGAAGCAACAGGCGCAGAUGGAGCAAGGGCGUGGGCAAAAGCGCAAGGCAGGAGGAGGGGAAUCACGAGGAGGAAGGGGAGAGAAGGGGAGAGGAGGAGGAGCUGGUGGGGGAGAAGGUAGAGGGGGAGGGGAGCGAGGGGAAGAGGCUGGGGGAAGAGACCGAGGCAAGAGGCAGCGUCCAGGAUUAGGGUUUGACAAGAGGCAGGGGCGAGGGAAGGAGGGGUUAGGCAAGGAGGGAGGUUCGGCAGGCGAUGGUUCAGUAGAGGAAAGGAAAGAAGCUGUGGGUGAAAAAGGAGAGGGAGGGGAGAAGGCCGAAGAUGGGGGAGAGGAAAAGGAAGAGGGAAGGGAGAGACAGGAGCAGGGAGGGACAAAGCAUGAUGAGAAGGAAAAGGAGACAGAGGAGAAAGGGGGAGGGGAGCAGGGGCAGCAGGGGCAGCAGCAGGGCCGUUUUUUCUCGGACAAGAAUACAGUGUUCCUCUCGAACUUGGAUCUCAGUACGACUCAGAACGAGAUCAGGGAGCUGCUGAAGGAGUGUGGCGAGAUCCGGGACGUGCGGAUGGUGUUCAACCACUCCACUGGGCAGUUCCGGGGCUUCGCUUACGUGGAGCUGGCUGGUGCAGAGGCGGUGGCAGCAGCAGAGAAGCUCAACAGGACGCCAAUGAGAGGGCGCCAGGUGUCCAUCAAGAAAUCGGACCCCAGUCAUGGUUUGGGGCACAGGGACAGGGGCAGGGGGAGAGGAAGGGGUUGGGGCGGAGGGGGAGGAGGAGGGGGGAGAGGGAGGGGUGGUGGAAGGGAGGGGCAUGAUGAAGCGGAGGAGGAAGCCUAUCAUCCGUCCACUCGGGGCAGCAGAGGCGGGCGGGGAGGCCGCGGCUUGCAGCCUUUGUCAGCUAGUGCCAGGCGGGGGGGUCAGCUGCAGCUGAUUGGCUCUCCCACCUUCGCCAUGCCUCGUGCGGUGGGACAAGCUCUAGGGAGAGGUGUGGCUGGGAGGGCAGGGGGGAGAGCAGGGGGGAGAGCAGGGGGGCGGGGUGGUAUGGGGAGAGGACAGCAGGGGGAAGGGGGGACAAGAGGGGAGGAGAUGGGUGGAGGGGAGAAAGGAGAGGGUAAGGGGAGUGGUGGAGGGGGAGAGGAGAAUGGGGGGACAGGAGGAGAUGGUGGUGAUGUUCCACUUGAUUCUAAUGCUGCCUUCAGAAAGCUUUUUGCUAAGAAGCUUGAGAGCUGA